AAACAUUUCUCCUGGGUUUUCUGUCUAUUAACUAUUUGCUUGAACUGUUUGGAGGCGAUUGCGAUGUUUGGGUUUAUUUUCCCCGAAGCGUUCUGAACGCAACCAUGUAAGUCACGUGACUGACAUCAGCUGAUCAGUAGUGCUGAUGGCGGAACUAACUGAAAACAUGGUGGUUUUACUGAGUGCAUUAGCUAUCAAGGACUGCCGAAAAGUGCUGUCCCAGUUGUCAGAUGUGAGCAGCAGCCAAGCUGAGGUUGUGUUGAGUGUGCUCAGAGCAAGAGAAGAAGAGAUCCGCUGCGCCCUGCUGGACAGAACCAACUCCAUCUCCUCUGCUACUCUGCAGGACUUUGAUUGGCAACUUAAGUUAGCUCUGUCCAGUGAUAAGAUAUCAUCUCUCCACACGCCUCUGCUCAGUCUCAGUCUAGAUGUGCGAGAAAAUGGAGUCCUCCAGCCUGUCACUUUGGAGAUGAACAGAGAUGAGCUAGGCAUGCUCAUCAGUUCAUUAGAGUCUGCUAAUAAGGUAGUGUUGCAGCUGAAAUGAUGGAAAAAUUGUGGAUUACUAAUCUCCUUGAAGACCACAGAGCAUCCAGAGGAGGAAUAUUAUGUUCCUCAAGUGUGUGAAAGAGGAGCUCCCAUAUUUUGGACAGGGUCCUGUAGGUUCCAGCCAUAAUGAUGUGAUGAAUGUUCCGUCAUGUGCUGGAGCAGUUGGAUACCUACACUUUGUUUUCCUUUUGUUUUUAGUUUUUUGCACC